AUGAGGUUUCUAUGUCAACUAUCAAUUAUCCCUCUUCUAUUUGGAGCUAUGGUCAUUGGUCAGCAUGAAGGUUAUGAUUUCGAGGAUGAAUAUGACCAAGAGCCAGAUGAUGAGUACCCACCUAUUUUUCAUUUUAAUCCCAGUGUAGAAUAUGUAGUUCCUCAUUUUCCUACUCCAGCCAAGUGUGCUCAAGAAUGCUUUUGCCCACCAACUUUUCCAUUAUCAAUGUACUGUGACCAUCGGAAACUUAAGAUGAUACCACAUAUUCCUUCCCAUAUCCAACAACUCUAUCUUCAGCAUAAUGACAUUGAAGCUGUGACUGCAGAAUCUUUUGUUAAUGCCACUACCUUGAGAGAAAUUAACCUUAGCCAUAACAAAAUUAAAUCUCAUAUGAUUGAUCAUGGUGUUUUUGCCAAACUUUCAAAUCUUGUGCAACUUCACUUAGAACACAAUAAAUUGGAUGAAUUUCCAUUUCCUCUUCCCAGCUCUCUAGAACGACUCUUUCUCAGUUCCAAUGAGAUUUCCAGAUUAUCUGGAAAUGCUCUGCAAGGGUUAGUAAAUGUGACCAUGCUUGAUCUCUGCAAUAACUAUCUUGAUGACUCCCUACUCAAAGGAAAAUACUUUUCAAAUAUGAAAAAUCUAAUGCAGAUCAAUCUAUGCAACAAUAGAUUACAGUCUAUGCCUCCUGAUCUCCCAUUUUCACUUAUAUAUCUCUCUCUCGAAAAUAACUCAAUUUCUUACAUUCCAGAAAACUAUUUCAAUAGACUUCCAAAAAUAACUGCUCUAAGAAUGUCACACAACAACCUGCAGGAAGUCCCAUAUAAUGCUUUUAACCUUUCCAACCUUGUAGAACUCAAUCUUGGACACAACAAGCUGAAGCAAGCAUUCUAUAUUCCAAGAAGUCUGCAGCAUUUGUAUAUUGAAGACAAUGACAUUGAAUUUAUAAAUAUUACUCUGAUGUGUCCUUCUAUUGAUCCAAGGAAUAUCAAUCAUUUAACCUAUAUUCGGAUGGACCAAAAUAAGCUUACAGCUCCAAUAAGCACAUAUGCAUUCUUCUGCUUUCCCCACAUACGCAUUAUUUAUUAUGGUGAACAAAAAGGUAGUGUCAGUCAAUCAACACAACUGAGAACUCCAGUUGUCCACAGAUUUUUAACACCAGAAGAAUAUGAUGAAGCAGAAGAUGGUCAUGAAACAGAAGAUGGUCAUGAAGAAGGAGAAAGAGAAGAUGACUACUUUCAUCCUUACUUUUAAUGAAGUAAUUAUAAAGUACAAGGAAAGUAUAAAUAAAAGAGGUGAAUAAUUUGGGGCACUAAA